GCCAUACGGGCUUUACGAAACGAAAUGGCCGCGCCUGACGAUCUGGGUAUCCGAGGUCUCUGAAACUGAUGGCUCGAAAAUCCGUUUUGUUCGUUUGUCUUGGUAACAUCUGUCGUUCACCAAUCGCGGAAGCAAUUUUCAUUCAAGAAAUCAAGGAGAGAGGAAUGUCUAAAGAGUGGGAUGUAGACAGUGCGGGUACGGCUGAUUUUAAUCUUGGCAUGUCGCCUGACGAUCAUGCUGUUGCAACACUGCGUUCACAUGGGAUUGAAUGUCGAGGCUCAGCACGUCAGGUUUGUAAGGACGACUUCUUUCGAUUUGACUACAUGCUUUGCAUGGAUGACAGCAAUUUAAGAGAUCUUGAGAUCAUGAAGCCUGUAGACUCUGCGGCACGCGUCGAGCUGCUAGGCAACUACGACUCAAAGGGAAACAGGAUAAUCAAUGACCCCUACAAGGGAACGGCGAGCGAGUUUGAAGGCGUCUACCGGCAGUGCAAGCGAGCGGUUGUUGCUUUUAUAGACAGUCACGUGACAUGAAGGAUUAGUGCUUUACUCGCAUAGUCUAAGUGUUUCUCUGGUGUCUGUAUUGGUGUCUAAUACAGCGACCUUUCUGUUGUUCUCGUCGUGUCGCCAUUUGUGUUGCCACGCGGUUACUGACGGCGCCGCUUGGAAUGACGGCGCCGUCGCACCCACGUGCUUUCCGCACUGUGGCUUCUCAAUCGGCGCAUAUCGCAUUUCCCGUGCAGACAGCGCUUCAAAAUCGACGCACAGAAUGCGCCCCGACUUCGAAAUGAUUUAAGCACCAGCUGACGUCGCUGAACGCGCAAUUUAAAGGUCGAAGUGCAUCCCAAUUUCCGACGGCCUCUCUGCUUGAGUUCGAUGUCUAUUCGCUUUAGAAUAGACUUAAUAUAGAACCUCGCUAUACAAAUUGUUCCCGGAUUCCUGCUAAUGCCUAUUGCCUCCACACAACUGUCAGCAUCUCGAUAUAAAAGAUAGCCAGAAGCCAGCGGUUGGUCAGUCUACUAAAUUUCGUGCUUGUGUGCAAGCUCAACUGCUGAGAAAGACAUGACCGCUUUCU